GGUCACACACACAUACCCGACUGGGACAUGCAGAGUUUCGGAAGGUUACCGCAAAGUCAGUGACAGACAUUGGGAAGGGAGGACUGUGUGCGAGACAAAAGGGAAGACGGGAAGAUCCUUUUUGCUGAUUGUUGUGUCGCUGUGAGACAAGGAAGGGAAAGCACAGCAGAGGACCGAGAGGAGAGCAUCUGCAAGGAGAUGGGCGCCCUGUUGACACGACGGAAAAGGGGAUUCUAUUAAAUGACCCCUUGUGGGCUCGAUGGUAUUUGCCAGCCUGAAAUGGGUCACUGGACAUUUCCCUGUCCUACUUUCUUCUUACAUGGAGUGAACCAGUGCAGGGGAGAAAGGGUGAGGACGAUCAACCAAAUCUCUCUUCCCUGAGUGGAUCAGAAUGGGGGAAUCUGCCUGUUGCGCGAGGCUACCCUGCUCAACUAAUGGCUGUGGCUUCAUUAAAGCACUCAUCCUUCUCCUGUUCUUUAGACAAGCUCAUUCCCACUGCAAGAUUGUGCGCUGCACUUCUCAGUACCUGGCCGCCACAGAUAACUUGGAGGGUCCUGACAGGAAAGCCGCCAAGUGCGACGCUUUGCGCUCCUAUUCCAGCUGCACACGGAGGACAGCCCGCACCUGCCGUGGGAAUCUUGUGUACCACUCUGCCGUUUACGGCAUUGAAGACCUCAUGAUCCAGCACAAUUGCUCCAAAGAGGGGCCAACCUCACCACCGUGGCCUCCUGUGCUGGCACCCAAUCACCAAGGCUUUGCAUCCCUGGAUAUCUGUGACUACAAGAGGAGUUUUACCCGCAAGCACGGACAGCCUCCCAUGUACCAGCACUGCGCCACCUUUGGAGACCCCCACGUGCGGACCUUCAGUGAUGAAUUUCACACCUGCCGAGUGGAGGGUUCUUGGCCGCUCCUGGACAAUAACUAUUUAUUUGUGCAGGCCACCAGUUCUCCUGUGGUGAAGGGGUCAAAUGCCACCGUCAUUAGCAAGCUCACCAUUAUUUUCAAGAACAUGGAAGAGUGCAUUGAUGAGAAGGUCUACCAUGCAGAAAUAGACAACCUGCCUGCAGCCUUCGUGGAUGGUUCAAUGAAUGGAGGUGAGAGGCCUGGAAGGAGCAGCUUGAUCAUCCAUGAACGCGCACCCGGGUGGCAUGUGGAGAUCCGAGCGACGUACAUUGGCACCGUUAUUGCUGUGCGCCAGACAGGCAAACACCUGUCUUUCUCCAUUCAGAUAGCCGAGGAGGUGGCUCUCUCCUUCACAGAUGAACAAGAUUUGCAGCUCUGCGUGGGAGGCUGCCCGCCCAGUCAGCGCAUCUCUCGAAGCAAGUGCUGCCAGAGCAAUGGCAACCUCACCCAAGAGGAAGCCCGCCUGUUGUGCAAGGAGAAAUUACCAGUUGAGGAUGCCUACUUUCAGUCGUGCGUCUUUGACUUGGUGACUUCGGGUGAUGCCAACUUUACUCUGGCUGCACACAGUGCGUUAGAAGAUGCCAAAGUAUUCUGCCCAGAUCCUAAGAAAGUCUAUAUCUUCCAUACUGGCAGAGCUCUGCAUCCCGGCAGCUCAUCCCUCCUUGUCUUCAUGUCAGUCAUUGUAGUAUAUCACUUGUACUUUUAAAAGUUUCUCUUUGUUGAUAAUUGUUUGUAUUCUGUGAGACCAGGAGGCCAGCAAAUAUGGUUGGCUUCCCAUGAAGGCAUCAGUGAGCAAAGUCAGGGCCUUAAAAGCAUUGAAGGAUGAGCUUUCGCAGCUCAGCAUGUUUUUUUUAAACUAAGAGUUUUCCAAGAAAGCUUGGAAUGUUGGUGGACAUAGGAAAACCUGUCACCAGCCUUUCCUGCUAGUCUUUUCUCCCCACUUGGUGCCUUCUAGGCCACAAACUUAAGGCCUAGAUGCUUCUUGAACCCCUAAGUGUCCAUUGCUACUGGGAUACAUGGGAAUUGUAAUUUCCCAUCCCCUCUCUGAUCAAAUAAUUGACAUGAGAGGCACUGGAAAGUAUAAUUCCCAUGCAUCCCAGUGAUAAUGGAGUUUAGAAGUCCUGUUCCCCCCCCCAAAUCCCCCAAACUCUGGGCACAUACUUGGUUAAAAGUCUGAAUUUGAAGAUAAGCAAGAAUGUGCUAGUAACCAGUAAAUUUCAGGAAAUGGACUGAAACAAAGGGAGUUGGACACCCAGGGCUUUUAGGCUUUUUUGUAGGGAGAGGAUGAGUUGGGAGGAACGUAGCAACUGGUGCUUAACCUUUUCAGAUAGCCUUAGAAACCUUGAGAAUCCACUCAACACUGUGUCAUUCUUUCUUAGAAUCUCUUUUUGCUCCACCAGAGUUAUCUACUGAAAACACACACAGACACACACACGUGUCACUUUAAAGUUUUAUUUUUGCAACGGCAGUAUUUUGGGAAAACUACUCUGUGCCAAGCUUCUGCAGUGAAUCAUUCAUAACCAAAACUGAAACCAGAAACUCCUUAAAUAUUGAAGGCAGGGAUGGGGGAUAGCUGUGGUCCUCCAGUAAGCAUAGCCAAUGUUCAGGGGUGAUGGGAAUUGAAGCCCAAAAAGAUCUGGAAGGUCACAGGUGUUCCCCGUUCCUUCUGCAAGGGCUACCCCUACACAAUAACUUGGAAUGUCUGAUCCAGGAACUCAAUAAGACCAAAACAAAUCCUGCUGUAUGUUUUUUGUCUUCAGACAAAUUCAUUGUGGUCAUUUUCUACCUCUGUUCAUGACUCGGAAUGUAGAAUCUGGAGAGUAAAAUUUAAAUAACAGUUCUCAGAAACACUUGCACUAGGGAGUUUGUGUUAAGGCUGCAGACAAGCACUUUUUAAGAAAGCUGAAAGGUUCUUAUUGGUCGCUUAAGGAAUGUAAAUAAAAAGUUUUAAUAUUUAAUAUAUUAAA